GCAUUAAUACGAGUUUUAGAAAUAAAAGAAACCUUAUUUUAGGGGGAAAAAUAAUAAGUUUAAAUAUGGAAACUAAGAGCGAGGAUUCAAGCGCAAUGAAAGAAGUAGAAUUAUCUUCCGAUGCGGUACUUACAUGUGCCUCACAAUGUACAGAUCAAGACGAAUUGAGAAAUCAAGAAAACUUAGAACAAUCAGAAGGGGAAUUGCUAAUCUCGCUGUACACAGAUACGGAUGCUCCAGAAUCUGGAAGCCCUGUGAAAGUAAGCUUUUUAAAAGAUAAAAAUAGCGAUUUAAUGAGUACGGAACAAAAACCAAUAAUAACGUCGACGGCGGAACCAACAGCAACAACAACGGGAGAUGUUAAAUCGAUAGAAUUAAAAGAGACAACGGGUGUUUCUGAUGUGGAUAUUCCGGCUGGCGAAGGCGCCGAGAAUAUUUCAGAUGUGACUCGAACGAAUCAUCAGGAGGCUUGUGAAAACGUAUUACGACAGCAGCAACUACAAUACCAGGAACAGUUGGAGCAAUUAAAAGCUGCCUUGAUGCAGAAAGACAGUAUGAUAACUUUAUAUAAACGUGAGAAUACCAUACUGGAAAAGGAAAAGCAAGCGUUUCGCAAAGAAAAGGAUUUGGCUAACAAGGAGAAAGAAUCCGCAGUCAUUAAGUUUGCUAUGAAAGAGAAAUUGUUGUUGGAUGCUAAAAAGGAAAAGGAAACAGUAGAGAAGCAAUUGUUAGAAGCUCGAAGAGAAAUUAAAAACUGUACCACACGUUUUCACGCCUUACAAGAAGAAAGGUCUCGCGUUACUUAUCUAAUGGAUGAAAAGUGCAAUGAAAUACGAAAAUAUCAAAAAGAAUCUGAAAAACAUAAGUCAGAUUAUGGUCAUCUGGAAUCCAGGUUAAAAUAUCAAAUCAAUAAAUUAAAUAUGGAGACGGAGGCUAAACUGGCCUUAGAAAAGAAAUUGGAAGAAGAACGUAAUGCGCCCCAUAAAUUGGAGGAAAAAGCUUACGAAAAACUCAAAAUUGAAUUUGAGGCUCAAACCAUUUUAUUAAAACAUGAACUUGAACGUAAAAGCGAACAGUUGGAUAAAUUAAUAAAAGAUACACAAAUACAAAAAGAGCAUAUAAAAAAUUUACAGGAACAAUUAGCUAAAGAGAUUCAAGAGAAAAAUGAAUUAUCUGAAAGCUUUGUUGCAUUACAAGAGGAGCACAAUGAUAUCCAGAAUUCGUAUAGUGAAGAAAUGUUAAGUUCCGCCAAAUUGCGCGGACAGUUGGAGGACUUGCAAAUUUUGCAAACUCAAAAUGCUUUAAAGGAAGCGAAAAUAAAUACUUUGAAUAGAGAAUUAAAAGAAAUUUUACAAAAAUUGCACGAUAAUGAGCACGAUUUAAAGCAAUUGCACGAACGGGAGAAAGAACUCUUAGCAAUUAAUAAAGAGAUGAGCGAAAGUAUCGUUGCUUUGCAAAAUCAAAUCUGUCUGCUGAAAUCGGAGACUCAAGGUAUUGCAGCUGAAAAUGAACUACUUAAACGAGAGCAAAGUCAGUAUGAUGAAAAAUACUUGCGGCUGGAAACUCAAUUAAAAUCUGAGCAGAAUCAAAAGAAUGAGGAACGCUUAUUGUUGGCUAAACAUUUGUCAGAGAAAACGAAACUGUAUGAAGUCGCUAAGCUUAAGCUUGACAAUGUUUUGGGAGAUUUUGAGGCCACCAAGCAUAAACAUGGCACAGUUAUAAAGGAAUUACAACGUGAAAUACAAAAAUAUAAAAAGUCUUUAGAGCAGAGUGAACAUCACCACAAAUCGUGUCAAAGUAAUGGGUAUCAUCAAGAGGAAACUGAACGCCUAGCUGAAGUUGAGGUUGUUGAAUCAAGAAGACCUCACAGCAGGCAAAGCAGUUCUGCUAGUGCUGUAAGCAGCAGUCGCCGCGGUAGUCAAUCAUCGGAGUCAGAUACAGUUAUGGGCAACCGAGAUAUCGAAUUGAAAGAUCCAACAAAGACUCCUUCUAAAAAGCAUUUAGUAGAACGUAUACUACGCUUGCAACAAGCUUCGGCUCGACAGGCAGAAAAAAUAGAUUUUCUUGAAAAUCAUACUUUAUCGCUAGUAGCGGAAUUACAAAAAAAAUCGAAAGUGGUUCAAUACUAUAUGCUCCGAGAUCAGACCGGUGCUUUGACUUCGUCCAAAAGCGAUCAGAAUAAAAGUGAAUUAGUAAAAUAUGGAAACGGCGUAAUGUCAGCUAUUUAUAAUGGUAUUAAAGGAGCAGACAGUAAAAGUAUGACCUUAGAGUUGUCACUGGAAAUUAAUAAGAAACUGCAGGCAGUCUUGGAGGACACGUUGUUAAAGAAUAUUACUUUAAAGGAAAAUUUAGAUGUCUUAGGCCUAGAAGUAGAUAAUUUGACGCGUAAACUAAGGCAAACGGCAGCAAAAGAUAUAUAGUAAAAAGGCGGUCGUUUAAUCUACAC